CGACACUACCCGCGACACUACCGACUACUAUCUAUCUAUCGAUCUACGCUAUACUAAAGUCUAUACUUAUCCACCCCUUCAGCUCCAACUGCCCUGUCGCGCCCAUCGCGCUCAUCCGUGCUUCACCUCGCCCCCCCUCCCCCCAAUUCCCGCCGCCCCGAUGGUAGACGCCCCCCUACACGAUAGCCCGGUCAUAGAUCCGGAUGCGCCACCCUCCAGCGCUGGAUCUGCCGGCCUCCCCGGAGCUGUCGAGCCCCGUUCCGGGCCAUCCCCUAUGACCGAGGAAUUGAAGGCUCGCCUGGACAAGGUUAUCUAUUCGGAUAUCGGGGUCACCACUCUCCUGACCCGGUUAAAGCAAAGUGUCUCGUCCGCCAGGGACUUCUCCACCUUCCUCAAGAAACGCUCCGCCCUAGAGGAAGAGCAUGCGCAAGGCUUGAGGAAGCUGUCCCGCUCCCUCAACGAUGCCGCUCAUCGCAACGAGAAUCGCCAAGGCACCUACGGCCAGAGCUACAAUGAACUCAAUCGCUUCCACGACCGCAUGGCCGACCACGGCCUCCAGUUUGGCGUGUCUCUGCAGCAGAUGGCCGACGACCUCCAUGAACUGGCCUCGAACAUUGAACGGGGCCGCAAGCAAUGGAAGCAGACCGGCCUGAGUGCGGAGAAGCGGGUAUUGGACGCCGAGGCCUCCGCAGAGAAGGCCAAGUCCAAGUACGAGUCACUCGCGGAGCAGUAUGACCGGGUGAAGACCGGCGACAAGCAGGGCGGGAAGUUUGGCUUGAAGGGUCAUAAGUCCGCCGCGCAGCAUGAAGAGGAGCUGCUGCGCAAGGUCCAGAUUGCCGAUUCGGACUACGGCGUCAAAGUCCAGGGUGCGCAGUCGGCGCGACGCGAGUUGAUCGCAACCCAUCGGCCUCAAGCCGUGCAGAACAUCCAGAGGUUGAUCUCGGAGUGUGAUGCGGGACUAGCAUUGCAAUUGCAGAAGUUUGCGACGUUCAACGAGAAGCUGCUACUUGGACAAGGCCUGUCCAUCAGUCCGUUGAAGGACGGCACGAUGAAUCCCGCUCUUGCUCCAAAGAGCCUGAACGAAGUUGUCUCCCAGAUAGACAACGAGAGGGACUUCCGCGAAUAUAUCCUCAGCCAUGAGAGGAAUCCGGGUGCGGUGACUUCGGACCAAAUCCAAUAUCAGCGUCAUCCAACGCUUGGAGGUUCUACGCCUGCUGUUGUCCCGGCCUCUCAGUCCAGCACGCAAAACAGGCGCCAGUCGACUUUCCUUCCUCAGUCUUUCUCGACCCAGACUCUCCCGACGUCGACUCAGCCGGCUUCUCAAUCGCCAGCGCCCGCACCAGCACCAGCGCCCGCACCAACAACCGUCGAGUCCCCCGCAUACCCUCAAAACCCCGACUCGUACUCGUCCCCGCCUUUCCAGCCUCCUUAUCCAACGUCAUCCUCGGGACAUACCGAGCUCCGCGUUCAUCAGGCACCACCGUUGCCACCGGCAAAGACACCAUUAGUGCCUGCUGGCAAUGGCAUUCAGCAUAGCCCUAAUCUGCCCCCUCUGAAGCCGGUGUUCGGUUUAUCUUUAGAUGACCUAUAUAUGCGCGACGGGACAGCUGUCCCCAUGAUCGUCUACCAAUGUUUCCAGGCUAUAGAACUUUUUGGAUUAGACAUGGAGGGUAUCUACCGCCUUUCCGGCAGUGCUACACAUAUCAGCCACAUGAAGUCGCUCUUUGACAACGACUCGUCACAGGUCGAUUUCACCAACCCAGAGAGCUUCUACCACGACGUCAACAGCGUUGCGGGCCUUCUGAAGCAGUUCUUCAGAGACCUGCCAGAUCCUCUGUUCACAUCCCAGUAUUACACAGACUUCGUCAACGCAGCUCGCAUCGAUGACGACAUUCAGCGCCGUGACUCGAUGCAUGCACUGAUUAACAACUUGCCCGAUGCACAUUACGCCACAUUGAGGGCGUUGGUCUUGCAUCUCAACAAGAUUCAAGAGCAUUAUACCGAAAACCGCAUGAACGCAGGAAACAUUGCGAUCUGUUUCGGACCUACUUUGAUGGGCGCCGGUUCUGGCGGGAACAUUGCGGAUGCCGGUUGGCAGGUCCGUGUCAUCGAGACCAUUCUGGUCAACACCUUCCAGAUCUUCGAUGACGAUUAGUUCCACCGAUCUUGAUUCCCGUCUGUUCGGAUUGCCACCAAAUCUAGCCCCUGUGCUGGAGAGGUCGUCACGUCUUUCGACUCUAACAGUUGCACGGAUCUUGCUUCUUUUAUCGCGAAUACCAUGUUUCAAAUCUUCCUUCCAUCUUUCCUUGCUGCUGGCCGCCAUUUAAUCCCCGAACCAAUCUCCAAGUAUACAUAGUGCCCCUUCUGAUGGGUGGAAAAUUGUGCUGCUCUCAUCUUCUCUAUUUUUAUCAUCACUGGAAUAUCAGGAUAUGAGCCGUCCCAAUACCCUCCCGUCCGUCCGUCCGUCGGGUCGGGGUUGAUUUCAUUUACCUAUCUACUUACCCACCUACCUGUAGUAUCCUCGGAUCAAAUCCUACUUGGAGAUGCGUGGAGAAUAAUUACAAGAUUCAAAUUGGUCCAAACAACAGGUAACCGAUUGGAUAUAUAGUACAUAGUUGCAAUUGCAGACAG